AUGGAACGUGAAAAACAAGACAGUGAAGUUAGCAACGAUGAGAAUGAAGAUAGAGAUAGAUUGCCAUCACUGAAGCCAGGGUAUUGGACUUGGGAUGAAGCUACGCAUGGCAUAGUAUUUAUUCCCUUUACAGAAAAGGAAAAACCACAGACUUUAGAACCUACAGCUGCAGUGUCUGUUAGUUCCGUUGCUCAAGUUAAAGAUACCACGUUUAAAUAUAUCUUUGGCAGUGCAGCUAUAGCGAAAUUCAGCAAAUAUUGCGAACGAAAAGCAAAACCGGGUGCUCCAAAUGUAGUGAUAUUACAAGACUGUAAAGAUGUAGCGCUGUAUUCAUGCGAAGUUAAACUGUUGUCACCAGAAUUUAUAAUGCUGUUCCAUUCAAAAGUGAUUGACAAAUUCUUACGUUCGUUAAUUGUGUAUUUUCAAUAUUAUUUACAGAUCUGGAACAAACUACACUUUAGAAGAGUGGAAGCCGCGCGAAAAUUACGUCAACCCAGUGUAGCAAUCUGGGAGAAUAAUCUUCGAGACGAUUUGGCAGAUCUCAGAAGCAUGGUAGCUAGAGAUUAUUCCGCUAUAUUGAUAGGAGUCGACGACGCCAGCAAAUUCCAUCAUAUGAAAGGUGAAAACAAUCUUUCUUUGUCCGAUAAAGACCGAAGGCGUUUUGAAUUUCUGUUUAAAAUGGCGAUCAGGGUGGUUUGGAUUGCUUUGAAGAAGAGACAUCUGGCCCUUAUUGAGAAAGAACUUGACAAACUUAUAAGGACUAUUAAUUUUAGUCCGUCUGAACAUAGCGAGUUGAAACGUGAACUUUACGUAGCACUACCGGGAGAAGAACAAAUUUUGCGAGGAAGGGCGUUUCGAGAGGAACAGAAACUACUUCACAGAUCUCCAUGUAUACAAGAACUUAUUCGCCAAGAUCACGAUUAUAGAUUGCUAGCGAUAGGUAUUACCGAUGUCGAAGAUCGCGUUGAAAGAAUAACUUAUCUAGAAAUAGCAUAUACAGCUCCCGAAGAACUAUUACAAGAUCUGAAUGUAGGACUUGGUUUACUAGGUGUUCCUAGAAAGUUUCUGGAUCCUUUGUUAAACGAAGACUUACAGUCUACAAAAAAACGUAGUUCAAUUAUGAAACCAAUUCCCGAUUUUGCUAUUCCACCUUUUACUCCGUACGACCAGUCCAAAAUACAAGAUACAUUGAGGAUGAGACCAUGCCGAUAUCAAGAAUCUGAGACAGCUGCAAAUGCUAGAAUAGAUCAAUGCAACAUGUGGCUAGAUUACGUAAAGGGACAGGGCCAGUUCAGUCGUCGUGGAUCAUCAAUUUCUAAAGCAGAGAAACAAUCUAUUUAUUCCAGGAGACACUCAAAGAAAAAUUAG